CGGGUACAGGCUGGUCGUUUUUGUUUGUGACGGAUAAAGGGGAUAACAUGUGUGAGAGCUGCCGAGAUCUUUGUCAGGAAGAAUGCUAGACAGGAGAAAUAGAGAUCCAGGCUUGCUGUGGGCAUAAUCAGCUGUCCUGUGUGUAAAUUGACAUCAGACAUCAUGUUUAACUGGCCUCGGGAAAUUUGUGACUGGAACGUGAAGGAAUUUGGUGGCCACAAAGACGAGGUGAACAGUGUGGCCUUCUCACCAGACUUUGAGAUGAUGGUCACAGGCUCAGAUGAUGAGAGAGUCCGCAUUUUCAAUGCUAAAACUAAACAGAUGAUCUGCAAGUUGAAAGGUCAUACAGGUGCUGUAAGAUCUGUAGCCAUUUCCCCCAACAGUAAAUACAUUGCCAGUGGGUCAUUUGACAAGUCCAUUCUGGUGUGGGUGACUCGCUCAGCCUCUCUGCUGCAUAGGCUGGAAGGUCAUAGUAAAAGUGUAGAAGUGGUUGUGUUCUCCCCAGACUCCUCUCAUCUCUGUUCUGGUUCCUGGGAUAGAACCGCUGUCCUGUGGAAUCUGGAGACAGGUGAAGCUGUGCGGGUGUUCAGAGGUCACACAGGCAUGAUACAAUCAAUUGCCUUCUCCCAAUGUGGAAAAUGGCUGGCCACAGGUUCAUGGGAUUACACUGUGCGUGUGUGGGGACUGAAACAGCCUGACCCCUCAGAGGAAGACAGCUUGGUGAUGUCCUGUCAUAAGGGCAAUAUUCACGCUGUCACCUUCUCCAAGAACGGUAUGCUGGCCUCCGGCUCAUGGGACAAAACGAUUUGCUUGUGGAACCCACGUAAUGGUCGCCUACUGCACGUUCUGAAAGGCCACAAAGGCUGGGUGCAGGCCUUGUCAUUCUCCCUGGAUGGGUGUUUUCUGGCCAGUGCAAGUGAUGACGGGAGUGUCCGUCUGUGGGAUGUAGUCACGGCAGAAUGCCUCAAUGUUUUAGAAGGACACACAGACAUAGCCCAGCAGUGUGGGUUCACUCAGACCGGUGCUCUGGUGGCGUCAGGAGCAGCAUUUAUUGCACUGAAGCUAUUUCCAUAAAUGUUUAGAAUCUCAGUUCUCACUCCCAGUAUAAAUGUCAGAUGUACAUGUAA